AACUGAUGCCAUGUGACUUGUCACAUGACCGGUAAAGGUUCUAAACAUAUCUCUGAUAGCGUUCUACACGAUUACAUCUCUGAUUCUUUAUUAAGGCAUUUAUUUUCUACUGGUUUUUUAUUUUUCAACUCUGUGUAGUCGAAUAAAACGACAGAAAUGCGUGUUGAUCAACAUAAUCGUUUGGACGAGCAGUUGCUGCUUUUCAUGGACCAGCUCGAGGCUCUUGAGGAGAAGCGACAUAAACUCAAUUCCCUUAUAGAAGAGGGAUGGUUUUCUAUUGCCAAGGCACGUUAUUCAAUGGGAAAUAAGCAAGUCUCCGCUCUGCAGUACGCUAGUGAGAUGGAGCCGCUUGUUCACGUUGAAGCCAGCUUGUUGGAAGGUGGAACAGCUGAGUUCAAAUGUGAGAGAAGAGAGAAUAAAACAGAAGAACCGAAAAAUAACACAAUAGAAGACAUUGGAGCGAAAGAGACUGGUCUUAGGAGGAGAAUAAAUACCAAACAAAAGGGGGUUAAAGAGGAAGAACAAGAGACAGACCCUCAAGUAAAAACAAAUGCAGAAUCAUCCACACCAGAGCACAGAGAUCCUUUGAAGUGGUUUGGGAUCCUUGUACCACAAAAUCUGAAACAAGCUCAGUCUGCUUUUAAAGAGGUCAUCACUCUCUCAGCAGAGAUUGCAUCCUUACAAAGUGACAUACUCGCUACAAGGAAAGAGAUGCAGAUGAAGGAGAAACAAGAGAAGACAGAGAAGACUCAACCAGAAAUAAAAGAGGAAUAACAUUUGACCUUAUUCACUUUUGUCUAUAAACUUUAUUCAUCUUUUUUUGUGAACCAUAUAUAGACCGUUAGUUCUUAGAACAAUUUCACUAUGUUGAAUGUUUAACAUGUAAAGAGGACCACUGAAAUCACUCUUAUUGUAUAAACAAGUUUUCCUAAUAAAAUGAUUGAUGAACCAUGUUAUCUUUUGAGCAGCAAUUGCACAGUUGAAUCCAGACAAAUUGUAAAUGUAUAUACUUACUACAGAUUUUAUUAGUUUUCAGUUUUUUAGAACCUGCUCUGCUUGGUUAAACAUUUCAGACUUUUAAAUGCAAUAAUUAUAAUAGUCUCAGUUACUGUAUAUGCAGUUAUCACGUAUCAGAUAGUUUAGUUAGUAAACUACAUCAGUAAAUACCUGUCAGAUUAUUACAUUUCAUAGCAAAUGCAUGGCGUUUUCCAUUUAAAAAUGGUAAACAGCUGUAAAAGGUGGUAAAUUCAUUGGGUUUCUAUAAUUAGAGAAUGUGAUUUAACAACGUCAAGCCAUAUACGCUUACCUGGAAAGAAUUUUUUUUCUCAAAUCCAAGCAAACCAUUUAGUAAUUAUGUUAAAUGUAAUUCGUACUUACAAAGAAACUUUUUCUUGACAUCAAAAAUUCCUGCUGAAACCUCAAAAAAAAAAAAAAAAAAAAAAAAAAAAAAUGAGACGUUGUAAAUGUGCACGAGCAGUAAGUAUCAGGCGCGUCCUCGUUUUAGUGUCUGUUUUAGCUACAGCAAGAUUACAUUUAAUCACUGCAUUCAAUUAGUAUAUGUACAAAACGAGAAAUAUCAGGAAUGCCGUUUGUUAUUAUGGUUACUUAAUUAGCCUUGUAUCAAGUUGUGGUUUCCUGUUCACGAACAAAAUCAAAACAGACAAAUAGAGGCGGAAUGGUAAAUAAAUAAAUAAAUAAAUUGCCCAUUCGCUGUCUACUUCCUGGUGUUCAUCUCAUAAGAGCUGCUAGCGGAUAGCGAUGUUUACGGUCGGAGCUGACACCGGGAAUAAUACAUCGUUUGCGCUCUUACGCAAAUUUGACGGACGUGUGUUUUGUUUUUACUGAGACGUGUAUCCGAGAAGAUAUUUUCACAAUGAUAGAACGAUGCGAUCAGUGUCAGAUCAGGUGAACACGCUAUCUCGGUCAGAUUACUAUCCUUUUAUCUCUAUGCUGAGACGAGGCUAUUAUCAUUGCAUCCCAAAGCUAGGCUGAUAUUUCGGAAAACAAAAGAGAAUAUCAAAUUGUUUUCAUUUUCAUUCGGUGUUAUUGUUACAGUAUUGUUCAUAUCGUGGAAGAUAACAAGAUCACUGAUGGCGUCAAAAUCUAGGGUCUCCAUUCUGGAUUACUUCAAUAUCGUCUGUGAGGGAGAAAAUGGCAAAAUUGAAUCAAACUGCAAAGCUUGUGGCACAAGGAUUCAGGCUAAACGGACAGUUACUUCUAACUUUGUUACACAUUUAAAGCGCAAACAUCAGGCCAUGUAUGAUGAGUUUGUGAGGAAGAAAGAUGUGAAAAGGGAGGCAAUGCAGAAUUGUACUGGCCCACCAAGUGGUCGAGUGAUCUCUCAAAGCAGUCCUGGGAUGAACAAGUUUGACUACAGUGACCCUCGCCAAUCCCUCAUCUCAGAAGCCAUCGCCAAGAUGAUCAUCCGAGACCUGCAGCCGACACAGAUAGUUGAAUAUGAGGGCUUCCGGGAGCUUCUUCAGCUCCUGGAGCCCCGUUACAUACCGGUACCAUGCCAUUACAUACAACAGCAGCUCCUUCCAGCCUAUGUCUCCCAAGUUCAACUAGCUGCCAAACAGGCUCUAAAAGGAGCGGAGUCCUGUAGUGUGACCCUUGACCUGUGGAAAAGUAGCUCUGUGGGUAACAGCUGUGGUGCUGGGUAUCUUGGAGUGACUUGCCACUUCAUAAACGCAGACUGGCACAUUAGAUCUGCUCUUUUGGCAUGCUUACCCCUUACAGACCACAGCAACACUCAGCAAAUGCUCAGCGAGUUUGAUGAGAUCUCUGAAUCCCAUGGCGUGUCUGGAAAAGUGUUCAGAGUCGUCGCUGACCUGUCGCCUUGUGAAAACAGAUCUCCUUUUCGUCUUCCUGGGUUCAGUCUCUUUGGAAAUGAUGAAGAAGAUGAGGAAGGGGAGGAAGAUUGUAGCGACGAAGAGCCUGGAGCAGGAGAAGCCAAAGAAGCAAUUAGUAGCAAUGAGAACCGCAAGUCUUUAGAUCAGUGUCUUGGUCGAAGUAGGAUAGACUGUUUUGCUCGAUUACUAGCUCAUUGUGUUAAGGAAGGAGUUUGCGCUUCCCCUCAGAUAUCACUUCCUCUAAACAAAGCAGCCCACCUCUAUAACUACGUAAUUGCCACAGUGGCUCCUGAAAAACUUGUCCAAGUAUUUGGCUCCAAUACCUCAUCAACAAAUUGGCAAAGACCCUCUUCCAUGGAUAAGUGGAACGCUCAGUUAAAGAUAUUGCGCCAAAUGGUGGAGUCGAUGGAUUUUCUUGAAGACAUUGUAGAUAGAAACGACCUAGUUCUCGGUAACUUAGAAAAAGCGGUGCUGCGGGAGCUAGUUGAAGUGUUGGAGCCUUUCGAAGAGGCCUCAGACAUGGUACAAGGAGACAAGCACGUGUCCAUCAGCCUAGCCCUGCCCUGUGUGUUGGGUCUACGCAAGCACCUGGCUGAGGUCGUAACUCACCAGUGCUCUGGGAUCGUGAUGGGAUUGUCUCAAGCUCUGGACCGCAGACUGGCAGGCAUUCUUGAGGACCCUCUUUACGUAACAGCCACCACCCUGGACCCGCAGUUCAAGUUGUCCUGGAGCAGUGACAGCGACUGGCACAAACAGGUGCUGCUGGAAGAGGUUGGAAAGCAUACUCGGCCUUUGAGUCCACUAGAACAUCAUUCAGAGGCCCAGCCGUCACCGUCCAAACGCUGCAAGCUGUUUUCUUUCAUUAAGCAGCGGCCGACCGCCCAGGCCAAGACAGUGGAGCAGGAGCUGUCCACAUAUCUCCACGAAGAACCCACCGAUGAGGAUCCACUACAAUACUGGAAACGCAAGUCCAUCGAUUUCCCAUUGCUUUCACAAGUAGCCAAGAAAGUUUUUACCGUGCCAGCAACAACCACAUCAGUGGACCAGAUAUUUAACCUGGUUAGCAAGACUCUCAGGCCAGAACAAUGCCGAUUUCUGCCAAAAAACUUGGACACUCUAAUUUACUUGAAGGCUAACUAUAGGAUACUUUGGUCCUAACUACAAAGAGAGCUUUACAGAAUUUUCUUUCUGUACUGAUAUCAAACCAAACACCUCAAAUGCAAAAUGGGGAUUGUGCCUGAUAUGUAUCUCUCGAUAAAUACUGUAGAAUUACCCCAAAGCAAACAAAAUACUUUUGUCAGCAAAUAUUUCCCUUUUUUUAAAUAAUGUACAAAAGGCUAGACUUAAAUGAUAUAAAAUUAACUAUUAUAUAGUGUUAACCUAUUAUGACUUUACUCAUUAUCAGAUGCUGGUUGCCUUUUUUGCAGACUUUUAUAAAAUAUUAUGUUCUGUGUACUCUCACUCCCCAAAAAUGCAACAGGAUUAGAUAAGAACAGUGCACACUUGAUUAAUUGUUAAAUAUUUCCAUAAUUCUCCUUCCAUCAGCAUGUUAUACCCCAGAACCACAGAAAAGCUAUUCUUGCAGCCAAAUGCUUUCUCAGAACACAUGUAAGAAAAAUAUUUAAUUUCCAGCAAAACAUUAUUAAACAUUUGGUGUAUAAUAGUUAGCUUUAUAUUCAUUUAAGGUCAACCAGAGUUACAAUAUAGCUGACAAGCUUUUUGUGGGGUUUCUUUGUGUACAAAACCAACCCACUAGAAAGCUGCAGGCAGGUUCUGUAAUUGGAAAUAAUUAUAUUUCAGAAAUAAUGGAAAUUGGAGAACACUGUUGGUGGACUGUAGUCUCUCCUAGUUUGGGAGAGAAAUCAAUCCUGUGGGAUAUCAAGAAGAGCUGGUGCGCAUUAAAGACCUUUUGUGUGAAAAAGACUUUUCCAUUUCAGUAAAAAAGUGUUUAUCAAACCUGA